GUCAUGGGACGGUUUCAGUGCUGCUGGCAAAUUUAACAAGUUCGCAAUGGAGAUCGAUUUGAUGGUUCUGGUCCCGCUGUUGGGCCUCUUCGGCAUCAUCUACUAUUAUCUGACGAAGAAUAAUAAAUAUUUUCACGACAAACCGAUACCAUCGAUGGCCACAGAACCACUGUUCGGGAGCACUCGUCGAUUGCUACUGAAGAAGACUUCGUUCCAUGAGUUUAUGAUCAGCAUUUACAACAAGUACCCGUUGGUAAAAGUUUUCGGCAUGAUGGACACAUUGCAACCGGUAUUCGUUGUGCGUGACCCGGAACUUAUCAAACGGAUUGCGGUAAAAGAUUUCGACCAUUUCGUCAACCAUCGACCAGUAUUUGGGAAUGAUGAGAAUCCGCACAACACGGCACUGUUCGGCAAAACAUUGGUUGCGCUCAACGAUCAAAAAUGGCGCGAUAUGCGAGCAACGCUCAGUCCCGCCUUUACCGGUAGUAAGAUGCGUCAGAUGUUCGAACUGAUCGUCGAAUGCAGCACUAACAUGGCGAAGCAUUAUAAAGAUGAGAUCCACAAAAACGGAAGCAGCUCGCGGGAGCACGAAAUGAAGGACGUGUUUACGCGUUAUGCUAACGAUGUUAUUGCGACGUGCGCGUUCGGCAUUAAGGUAGACUCGCUCAAGAAUGCUGACAACGAUUUUUACGUAAACGGUAAAAAAAUGAUGUCUUUCAAUCGACCUCAUGUGAUGUUCAAAUUGCUUGGAUUCCGCAUUGUACCGAAGCUGAUGAGCUGGUUCAGUUUGGAUCUGUUCGAUCGGGAACAUCGCGAUUACUUUACCGAGAUCAUCCGGGACACGUUGAAGACUCGGGAAGCGCACGGUAUUGUACGUCCGGAUAUGGUGAAUCUACUGAUGCAGGCACGUAAGGGAACUAUCAAACGGGAGCAACGGGAGACAGAAGAUCGCGAGGAAGUGAAAGGUUUUGCCACCGUGGAAGAGUCGGAUGUAGGACAGACCGGCAAGGGUCUCCAGAUGACCGAGCUGGAAAUGGUGGCACAGUGCUUGAUCUUCUUCCUGGCUGGAUUUGACACCGUCUCCACGUGUCUCACGUUCCUCGCAUACGAACUUACCGUCAACAAGGACGCACAAGACAAGCUGUACGAAGAGAUCCGAGCGACGAGUAAAUCACUCGGAGGAAGUUCUCUCACAUAUGAGGCAUUGCAAGGUAUGCAGUACAUGGACAUGGUAGUGUCAGAGGCACUGCGUAUGUGGAGCCCAGCCCCAUCUACCGAUCGGAUGUGUGUACGCGAUUACGUAGUGGAUGAUGGUGAUCGGCUCAAGUUUACCAUCGACAAGGGUACGGCGAUAUUCAUCCCGAUCGCAGGUCUUCAUCACGAUCCUCAGUAUUAUCCGAACCCGAACAAGUUCGAUCCGGAGCGUUUCAGCGAGCAAAACCGUGAAAAGAUCAAUCCCAACGCUUACCUUCCGUUCGGCAUAGGGCCACGCAACUGCAUCGGAUCUCGUUUCGCACUGAUGGAAGUCAAAGCCAUCAUCUACUACAUGCUGCAGGAAUUCUCGUUCGAACCAACGCCAAACACACAGAUACCGCUACGUCUGGCAAAAGGUUUUGCCGGAAUGCGUAGCGAGAAGGGUGUAUUUGUGGAGUUCCGACCUAGAAAGAAAGAUAACGAGGCUAGAAUUUAAAUAUUAAAAUAAAAUACCAGUUAGAAAAAUGUCCAGAAGGACUGCUCCUAUUACUGAGUAUAUAAGUAUAUACGAUCUUGGGAAAAUCAAUCUCUCAUCAAGCCAGACCUCA